UCAAUUAUAACAGUUGGAGGUAUCACUGGGGGAAAUGGAGAGGAACGCAACAGCUCAGCAUGCAGCCUUAUCAAAGAAAAAGCAGAAGAAGAAUGUAAAGUUUGAGGCUGACUGGGAAGCAUUUAAUAAGUGGAAAUUUGAGUCUGAGAGAAGGGAGAGAAAGAGAUUGAAAGCAUUCAAUGCACUGAAAAACAUCGAUCCUGUAAAGGAUGCUAACAUACUUUCCACUAUUCACCAAAAUACUGUGUACCCUUGUCUUUCUGAGGUACUGAGGAAAUCAUUGGAUCCAGAACUGGACUCCGCCCCCCCCCCCUGCUCCUCCAGCCUACGUGCAGCAGCCCUCCCAGUCAAAUGCAGCACACGUUUCAGCAGACAUGGGAAGAGGACAGCAGCCAGACUCAAGCACCGAGACGACCUCCUCACCGGCCGUGACCCGCCUACAGUCUCAACAAAGGGGGGCCAUGUUGCAGGAAGAGAGGGAGGCUACAGCUCUCAUGCCAAUGAUAGAAGUGGCGGGAGCAGAAGGCCCGAUGCUGGUUUUCAGACCCUGGUCAGAUGCAGAUAUAAGUAAAGCAAUGAUUCAUGUCUGCAAUCCUAAAAGCAAUCUCACGAGAUGGGAGACUGAUCUUAGGCAAUUUGUCAGAGAAUAUCGUCCCACUAUGUCAGAGUUACGGCGUUUGAUGGCCAAGGUGCUGACAAAUGAUUAUCACAAAAUUCAGCAUGUUUUCAACAAUGAGCAAAAGCAGGCACUCACUACUCUUUCUAACCACAAUAGCAAUUAUCUUGUUCCUUAUCUAUAAAUUGCAAUCACAUAACAUAGACGGCAAAGAUACUAGCCCUUUCCAUCUCUCCAGGAAGUGGCAGGAAUGGAGAAUAGUUUUCCACUGCCCAGCUGAACAAUGUGAUGCGAACAAUUGUUCACUCUCCUCGAUAGAGAAUGAUACUUGGGUUAAUGUAGAGAAUCAACUUCGCCGAAUAAUAUGUGAUGGGAGGGUACAGAGAGACAGAGUCUGUACUGUAUGGAUGCAUGAAGAGUAUGAUUCCAUAGUUUUUCCGUUGUGGUGCAGUAAACCAAGGUCGUGUCAGGAGAAACCGGCCUACAGGGGCACGAGUGACUGGAGGGAGUUGUGUGAAGGGGCUAACCAGCAGGUCAGUAAAGCACAGCCAAAUACAGCACCUGUUGAACACCUGUACGAUACAAUUAAACCACAACCCUUGAUUUCAGUCAAGCCGACCCCGCUUCCCGACCAGGGAACAUGGAGGCCAGGGACAAUCACCUUCAAAUGUCCAAGAGAGGAAUGUGUAGAUGGAAGUUGCACAGUAUACAUACUACAGCUCAAAACGCCAUUUGCAGGUUACUGGUCAGCCCUGAGCACAAAACACGUUAGGACUCAGUGUGAGACGAAGGACACAUGUUCAGUUAAGUUAAGUGCUGAAUACGAUGAUACUUGGGAAAUACCAUACUGGUGCCGUCAACCUACCAACUGCGUCACAAAACCAGCCAGCUACACCCGAAUCGAUUGGAGAUAUGCUUGCGAAAUAGGUUUAGAGUUGAAGAAACUUCCAACACGCACACCACCUCAGGAACAUGGCAACGUAGCACUAACUAUCAUGACAGAGUUUGCUGGUGAAAGUAAUGUCUCUAAUUGUUGGAUAUGUCAGCAUAUGCCCAUUUCAUCCAGGUCUCCUAUGCUGAUUCCAGUUCCCUUCACGGAAGCCGACUGGAGCGUUAUGGGAUGGCCUGAUAUAGCUCGUCAAUUCAUGCAAGUUCUGCGGUUCACGAUGUGAUAACAGACACGGAACAAGGAAUUGAGGAGUUGCAUAAAGACCAUGGCUGGAACCCUUUUGGAGGGAUGCA